UCUGCACCGACGGUGCACAUUAGCGAACACCCCAACAUACGCCUCUUCCCAGCUGCAGAUCUUUCCACUCCCUCUCACUCCUCUCCCUCUACUUGAAAAUCCCAAACCUCUCCAAAUGUUCUAAUUUACCAUUCUACCCUCCUCUCGCCUUUUCAUUUCUAUUAUUUUCCAUGGCCAAUGCCUGGAAAAGAGAAAAACCCUCCCUUCUCUUUUCCCAAAAACUCCUCCUCUUUUUCCCAAUUUCCCUUCUCAUCCUCUUCGUCUUCUUCUUCCGCUCCUCAAAUCCCAAUCUUCCAAAUUCCAUUUCCUUUUACACCCAAACGCUCCCCUUUCCGAUCCUACCUUUCGAUUGCCAGAAAUGCCCCCAGCCCUCCCCUGUAUUCGCCAGCCUCGUCGAAGGUGUCCGAUACCCGUUCCUAUACUCACUCGCCGAUCUGGGCCUCCUCCCUGAGAAACCCCACAAGAAUAUUGUACGGAUGAUGAAAGGGAAGUUGUUCCGUAAGCCUGAUAUCUCUGUCACGAUGCAGGAGGUGCUGGACAAGAUGAGGGGUGGGGGCAGGAAUGGAAUUGUGGUGGAUGUUGGGGCCAAUGUCGGGAUGGCGACAUUCGCCGCCACUGCGAUGGGGUUCCGGGUCUUUGCGUUCGAGCCGGUUUUUGAGAAUUUGCAGAGGAUUUGUGAUGGGGUUUACUUGAACCGGGUGGGAUCAAUGGUGACGCUGUUUGCCGCUGUCGCAUCCGAUCGGGUUGGGAAUAUCACUUUCCAUAAGGUGUUUGAUCUCAUCGAAAUGUAAUUUAAUAACCACGAGAAGAGUAGUUGAACACAUUUGAUCUGUUAUAGAAAAGAAAUCUUGAUUACUACUGGCAUGGUUGUUCAGAACUUCAGAUUAGCAUUCUGUAAAGGUGGGGCCCACCUUUCGGCAUUCUACAACUUUCAUCAGGUGGGCCCCACUGUGAUCAAGUGCCGGACCUAAAAUGGCACCUGUGAUGAUCCCCGUUCACCCAAUUGUCGGCAUCCGAAGGAGCAGCCAUAAAUAAAAUGUAGCCGCAGGUCAAAAUUCAACAUGGAGGCCCUCUAAUCAGAUAGUUGGGAUUGCUUGAUGGGGAGAUGUCUGUUUCAUCAUCUAUCGCAAGAACCGCGAGAUGCAUGAGCUGGAUAACUUAAAGGUAGACCCCACCUGUACAUAAUGCCAGCCCAAAUAAAAGGAUGGGUAGCUUGGUGUGAGCAUUUUAUAAUACAACUAGUUCAUAAAGAAAGAAAAAAAAAGUGAUGUGAUCAAAAGGUUAUGAAUUUCAUUGAUGAUGCUUAAACUAUGGUUGUUCGUGCAUUUGGAUUUGUAAGAAGUGUGUGAAUUUUCAUUUUGUUUUUCAUGAAUUUGGUGUUGUAAAAAGAGCUAAGUUGUUUUGGCGUUUAAUAUAGCACAAGUUGGACCUUGUAGAAUCUUGCAAUGGUUUCAUGAGAAGAUGGGAUUUAGCACUCAUUGGAGAGCUUUGAUCCAGUGAUGCAUCUCAAUGCUGGAUUGACCUCAACUCAUCUGCAUUAAUGGCCAAUUUCUUGGUUUGCUAUACGUUUGACGAAGGCUGAUUUUCGGUCGCUGAAUAUUUGGAAUCAUAUAGGGUUGUUUGGUCUUUAGUGAAUGGAUUGUUCUACAAGCAUAUUCAUAUAAACUUGGAAUCUUCUUAUUAUUUAUUGUUAUUGUUAUUGGUAUUGUCAUUUUCA